AAACCCUGUGAGAGAGAGAUUUUGAGGUUGCGGCUUCUAGAACGUUGUGGUCCUGUAAAAGAGACCAUUUCUUCUCUCCUACAAAACCUUAACCCUCUUCGAAGUAUUAAAACGUAUUGCUUGCUCUACUCAGAAUUCGUCGCCAUGUAUCGGUUUGUCUCGAGCAUUGCUUCCAAAACGAGGAUUGCCAGGAACUGUACAAACCAGAUAGGAAGUAGGCUCACUUCUAGUAGAAAUUAUGCGGCGAAAGACAUUAGGUUUGGUGUUGAGGCUAGGGCUCUGAUGCUUAAAGGUGUGGAGGAGCUUGCUGAUGCUGUUAGAGUCACUAUGGGACCCAAGGGUCGUACCGUGGUCCUUGAGCAAAGCUGGGGUGCACCCAAGGUGACAAAGGAUGGUGUAACUGUUGCCAAGAGCAUUGAGUUCAAAGACAGAGUCAAGAACAUUGGUGCCAGUCUUGUCAAACAGGUUGCUAAUGCUACAAAUGAUGUAGCUGGUGAUGGAACCACAUGUGCAACAGUCCUUACCCGAGCUAUAUUCGCUGAAGGGUGUAAAUCGGUUGCUGCUGGAAUGAAUGCGAUGGACCUAAGACGUGGUAUUUCAAUGGCAGUUGAUGCUGUUGUAACAAACUUGAAGAGCAGGGCACGCAUGAUUAGCACAUCUGAAGAAAUUGCCCAGGUAGGGACAAUAUCAGCUAAUGGAGAGAGAGAAAUUGGUGAAUUGAUCGCGAAGGCAAUGGAAACAGUUGGCAAAGAGGGAGUGAUCACAAUCCAAGAUGGCAAGACUUUGUAUAAUGAGCUCGAAGUUGUUGAGGGUAUGAAGCUUGAUAGGGGGUACAUUUCCCCGUACUUCAUCACCAACCAGAAAACCCAGAAAUGUGAACUUGAAGAUCCUCUCAUUUUAAUCCACGAGAAGAAAAUCUCCAACUUAAAUGCUGUGGUGAAAGUUCUGGAACUUGCUCUCAAGAAGCAAAGGCCAUUGCUGAUUGUUGCCGAGGAUGUGGAAAGCGAUGCUCUUGCCACCUUGGUCUUGAACAAACUCCGUGCUGGAAUCAAGGUUUGUGCUGUCAAGGCCCCCGGUUUUGGAGAGAGCCGUAAGGCCAAUUUGCAAGAUCUCGCUAUUCUCACUGGAGGGCAGGUUAUCACUGAAGAGCUGGGUUUGAAUCUGGAAAAGGCCGACUUCAGCAUGUUUGGAAACUGCAAAAAAGUGACAGUAUCAAAGGACGACACUGUGAUUCUAGAUGGGGCUGGUGAGAAGGUUUCAAUUACUGAACGAUGUGAACAGAUAAGGUCAGCAAUCGAGUUGAGCACAUCUGAUUAUGACAAGGAGAAGCUGCAAGAGAGAUUGGCUAAGUUAUCUGGUGGUGUUGCUGUACUGAAGAUUGGAGGAGCCAGUGAGGCUGAAGUUGGGGAGAAGAAAGACAGAGUGACCGAUGCUUUGAAUGCCACCAAAGCAGCCGUGGAAGAGGGUAUUGUCCCAGGAGGUGGAGUAGCUCUUUUGUACGCAUCGAAAGAACUCGACAAGCUUCCUACCGCCAACUUUGAUCAGAAAAUCGGUGUCCAGAUCAUUCAGAACGCUCUCAAGACACCUGUUCACACAAUCGCUUCCAACGCUGGAGUCGAGGGUGCUGUUAUCAUCGGUAAGCUUUUGGAGCAAGACAAUCCCGACCUCGGAUACGACGCUGCUAAAGGCGAAUACGUCGAUAUGGUAAAGUCUGGUAUCAUUGAUCCCUUGAAAGUGAUCAGAACAGCACUUGUUGAUGCCGCGAGUGUAUCGUCUUUGUUGACGACGACGGAAGCAGUGGUGACUGAAAUUCCAAAGGAAGAGAAGGAAGCUUCUCCGGCCAUGGGAGGCGGAAUGGGAGGCAUGGGUUUCUGAUCCUAACAGUCGAAACCCUAAAUUCUUAUUGUUUCCCAAUCGGCUUUAAGAGAUUUUAUUUUGGUCAUGAGAUGAACUGGUUGCUUCGUUCACAAGGCACUCUUGGUUUUUGUGUAAUAAUGAUUAGAGGUCAUUCGCAUGUAACUUUUGCCACUGUUUUUUUUUUCUCACAGAAAUUUCAAUCGUUUAAAAUUGUUGAAAA